GAAGUUUCUGGCAUGCCAGAGUCAUUCUGUCUUCCAUGGGACUUCUUUCUUGAACAACUUUCAUUGAAAAGACUUUUAUGAAUACAUUGUUUCAGUAAAGCCCCGAAGAACACAUUUGUCGUCUGAUCUGCUGGCAGUUUUAAGAAUCUGAUGAUCUCCAAGAGGACCCCCAACUCAGCUAUCAAAGUGCUGCUGCCUCCCAGGAUGCUUGUAAUUCAAUGGUAGAUGCAGGUGGAAUUGAGAGCAUCACUCAGUGUCCUCAGGAGCUUCCCCAGAUGAUGGCUGCAGCAGCUGAUGGUUUGGGGAGCAUAGCAAUAGACACGACGCAGCUCAACAUGUCCGUGACAGAUCCCACAGCCUGGGCCACAGCUAUGAACAACUUGGGCAUGGUUCCCGUGGGGUUGCCUGGACAGCAGCUUGUAUCUGAUUCAAUCUGUGUCCCAGGCUUUGAUCCAAGCCUCAACAUGAUGACUGGAAUAACCCCCAUUAACCCAAUGAUACCAGGCCUGGGUCUAGUACCACCCCCACCACCAACAGAAGUGGCAGUUGUCAAAGAAAUAAUCCACUGCAAAAGUUGUACUCUUUUCCCUCAAAAUCCAAAUCUCCCACCUCCUUCCACAAGAGAACGACCUCCGGGGUGUAAGACUGUGUUUGUCGGAGGAUUACCAGAAAAUGCUACGGAGGAAAUUAUUCAAGAAGUCUUUGAGCAGUGCGGUGAUAUUACAGCCAUCCGAAAAAGCAAGAAGAAUUUUUGUCACAUUCGCUUUGCAGAGGAAUUCAUGGUUGAUAAAGCCAUUUACCUUUCUGGUUACCGGAUGCGAUUAGGGUCUAGCACAGACAAAAAGGAUUCAGGCCGCCUUCAUGUAGACUUCGCCCAGGCCAGGGACGACUUCUAUGAGUGGGAAUGCAAGCAGAGGAUGCGAGCCCGUGAGGAGCGGCAUCGUCGCAAGCUGGAGGAGGACCGGCUCCGGCCGCCCUCACCACCAGCCAUAAUGCACUACUCAGAGCACGAAGCAGCGCUGCUGGCAGAGAAGCUGAAAGAUGAUAGCAAGUUCUCCGAGGCUAUCACAGUACUGCUUUCCUGGAUUGAAAGGGGGGAAGUGAAUCGGCGUUCUGCAAACCAGUUCUAUUCCAUGGUGCAGUCGGCCAACAGCCACGUCCGCAGGCUAAUGAAUGAAAAAGCCACCCAUGAGCAAGAGAUGGAGGAGGCCAAGGAGAAUUUUAAAAAUGCCUUAACUGGGAUCCUCACUCAAUUUGAGCAGAUUGUGGCCGUUUUCAACGCUUCCACCAGACAAAAAGCUUGGGACCAUUUCUCGAAAGCUCAGCGCAAGAACAUAGACAUUUGGCGAAAGCAUUCUGAGGAGCUCCGAAACGCUCAAAGUGAGCAGCUCAUGGGCAUCCGUCGUGAAGAAGAAAUGGAAAUGUCUGAUGAUGAGAAUUGUGACAGCCCUACUAAAAAAAUGAGAGUCGAUGAGUCAGCCCUGGCUGCUCAGGCCUAUGCUCUUAAAGAGGAGAAUGACAGUCUCCGUUGGCAGCUGGACGCCUAUAGGAAUGAGGUGGAGCUGCUGAAACAAGAAAAAGAGCAGCUUUUUCGAACAGAAGAAAACCUCACCAAGGACCAGCAGCUGCAGUUCCUGCAGCAAACCAUGCAAGGCAUGCAACAGCAAUUGUUGACCAUCCAGGAGGAAUUAAACAACAAAAAGUCAGAACUGGAACAAGCAAAGGAAGAGCAGUCCCACACACAAGCUUUACUAAAAGUCCUCCAGGAGCAAUUAAAAGGUACAAAGGAAUUGGUGGAGACCAAUGGCCAUAGCCAUGAGGAUGCAAAUGAAAUCAAUGUGUUGACAGUUGCAUUAGUCAACCAAGAUCGAGAGAACAAUAUUGAGAAAAGAAGCCAAGGCUUAAAAUCAGAGAAAGAAGCUCUUCUAAUAGGCAUCAUAUCAACAUUUCUUCACGUCCAUCCUUUUGGAGCCAAUAUAGAAUAUCUUUGGUCAUACAUGCAGCAGCUGGACUCCAAGAUAUCCGCCAACGAAAUCGAAAUGCUUUUGAUGAGGCUGCCACGCAUGUUCAAGCAGGAAUUCACGGGCGUGGGAGCAACACUGGAAAAGAGAUGGAAGUUGUGUGCCUUUGAAGGAAUUAAAACUACCUAACUGUGAAGAGCAGGGAAUCUCGGGAAUUGAAACCCACUGAACGUGGCCAGGGCUGUGCAGCGGGAGAGCCGGAGGGCCAGGGCCGUCCAGCACCGGACCUGUGCUGAGCCAGCAAAGCCUGACUUGAGUUCCAUCUGUGGCGUUCUCUUGUGAGUGGAAAUGUAAUCGUGUACCAGUUCCUUAAUCUAAACAAAGCUUCAUACUGUGA